UCCGCGGUCCGGGGACGGCCUGGAGGUUGGUGGGAGGAUACAGGACGAGCGUGCUGAGCUCCGCUCCGCCCGCCGCGGCUCCUCCCGUGGCCACGGCUGAGGCUCUCAGGCUGUCAGUCACCGCGUGGAAAGUGCCCGGAGGGCGCGUCCUGGCGGUGCCUGCAUCUCCCGCUCUUCAAAAGCCGCCCAAGCAACUUUUAUGGAAAAAAGCUGGUUGUUUUGUUUUUGUUUUCUCCACAGAAGGGAACGAGUUUUCGCUGGAGUAGUUGGAGUGACCAGCAUCAUAAACCUUGUGAUUUCAGCGCCUUUGGACUCGGGCUGGCCUUGAACUCUCUGUGUAGCUGAGGAUGACCCUAAACUCAUGGACUUCCCAGCUCCACCUCCUAAGUGCUGGAAUUCCAAGUCUGUAUCACCAUACCUUACUCAUAUUACCACAUUUUGGAGAAGGGUGCACAUAUCACUUCACGAGUGGAGAUCAGAAGACAGUUUGUAGAGUUGGUUCUUUCCUUCCACCUUUACAUGGAUCCUGGAGAUAUGACUUAAGCUGUCAAGCUUACAUGUCUGGAGGUAAUGGAGAGUGCUUCUGUCCACUGAAACUCAGCAGCUGCACUAAAGUGAUGAUAACCCCAGUCAAAGGAGUAUUCAGACACACUUCCAUGUUACAGAAUGGCAGCAGCUGAUUCAUCCCAUGAUCUUUCAGGGGACUCAGUCUGCCUUCAACAAGAAAAGGUAUCAGCAGAAAGGAUGUUGAUUGACUGCCUGACAAAGUAUCAGAAGUUAGUAAGCUUUGAGGAUGUGACUGUGGACUUUACCCAAGAGGAGUGGUCCUCACUGAACCUAGCCCAGAGAAGCCUCUACAGAGAUGUGAUGCUGGAGAACUACCAGAACCUGGUGUCAGUAGGAUAUCAGCUCAUCAAACCCAGUCUGGUCUCUUGGUUGGAACAAGAAGAGUUUAGUACAGGUCAGAAGAUAGUUUUCCCAGAAUGGAAAGUGCAGCUUGAAACCAAAUGUUCAGCACCCCAACAGGAAUUUUUGAGGAAUAACGUAUCCAAUGGGAUGCAAAUGCAGACAGGAAGCCAGAAUGGAAGGGAGCGCUGUAACUGGACGAAAUCUGGAGACUUCUUCAGUGAACUCUUAUCCCUUAAGACACAUAUGGAAACUCAAACUACACAGGAUGAUUAUGACUGUAGUCAGUAUAGAAAAGACCUUGUAAUGCUUCAGAAGAAAAACUGUGCUGGUGAGAAACUUUCUGAGUUCAAUCAGAAUGAAGAAAUCUGUAUGACCCCAGUUAAGGUUAAUCAGAAAAUUGCCACACAAGAGAAAUCUUUUGAAUGCAGUGACUGUGGGAAGUCUUUUAUUAAUCAGUCACACCUUCAGACACAUAGAAGAACUCACAGUGGAGACAGAAUUUAUGACUGGAAUGAAUAUGGGAGAAGUUUUAUAAACUCAAGACUUGCUGUGCUUAUAGAAACUCUCAAUGCAAAGAAACCUUACAGAUGUAAGGAAUGUGGGAAAGGCUAUAGAUACCCUGCAUAUCUAAAUAUUCACAUGCGAACUCACACUGGUGAGAAGCCCUAUGAAUGUAAGGAAUGUGGGAAAGCCUUCAAUUAUUCCAAUUCAUUUCAGAUACAUGGAAGAACUCACACUGGAGAGAAACCCUAUGUAUGUAAUCAGUGUGGGAAAGCUUUCACUCAGUACUCAGGCCUUAGUAUACAUGUAAGAUCUCACAAUGGCGAUAAGCCCUAUGAAUGUAAGGAAUGUGGGAAAGCCUUCCUUACAUCCUCACGACUUAUUCAACAUAUAAGAACUCACACAGGAGAAAAGCCUUUUGUGUGUGUCAAAUGUGGGAAAGCCUUUGCUAUCUCUUCAAAUCUUAAUGGACAUUUGAAAAUGCAUGCUGAAGAGAAGACAUGUGAGUGCAAGAUUUGUGGGAAAGCAUUUGGAUAUCCUUCAUGUCUUAAUAAUCACAUGAGAACUCACAAUGCCAAAAAGUCAUACACAUGUAAGGAAUGUGGGAAGGCCUUUAACUAUUCCACCCACCUUAAAAUUCACAUGCGAAUCCACACUGGAGAAAAACCCUAUGAAUGUAAACGGUGUGGGAAAGCCUUCAGUCAUUCCACUUCAUUUCAGAUACAUGAAAGAACCCACACUGGAGAGAAGCCCUAUGAAUGUAAGGAGUGCGGGAAAGCCUUCAUCUGUCCCAGUUCCUUCAGAAUUCAUGAAAUAAGUCACACUCACACUGAAGAAAAACCAUAUAAGUGUCAGCAGUGUGGAAAAGCCUACAGUCAUCCUCGUUCACUUCGAAGGCAUGAAAGAAGUCACUAGUGAGAAGCCUAGUUGAUGUAUGCUAUGUGAGAAAGCCAUUAUUUGCUCUAGUUUACUUUGAAGACAUGAUGGUGCUCACACUGGAGAGAAAAUAUUAAAAUUAUAUACAUAGCUUGGAGCAGUGCUGUGUGGUAGCUGCUCAGGAGGCUGAAGAUGGGGGAUAAAUUUAAAACUAUACUGGGCAACACAAAUACUCCAUGUCAGAAAAAUUAAAAUGAAUGCUGGCAAGAUGGCUCAGUGGAUCAAAGCACUUGUGAAUGUCUGACAGCUUGAAUUUGAUCCACAUCCAUGUAAAAUAGACAGAUAUAGUGGCAUGCAUCUGUAUUCCCAGCAGUCCUACAAGAUGGGAGGCAGAGGCAGGAGAAUCACCUGGAAGCUUGCAGGGCAGCUAGCUUGGAGUAUGCAGCAUGGCAGAAAGAACAAGAGAGACCCUGCCCUGCCUCACAAAGGUAGAAGAACCAAUGCCCUAAAGUUGUCCUCUGACCCCGUAUGUUUACCCACUUCCCCACAUAUGCCACAGUAAUAAAUACAAUUUCAAAGAAUUGAAAUGAGGGCUGUUGAGAUGGCUCAGUAGAUAAAGCCUUCUCCAUACAGUACUGACAACUUGCUUUCUAUCCCUGGUUCCCCACAGUGGAAGGAGAGAAUUGGCACUUAACAGCUGCCCUGUGAUCUCCAUCUACAUGAAUGCUGUGGCACACAUGCCCUCUUGCCAGUCUCCAAGAGUAAUAGAUUUUAAAAAUUGAAAUGAGAGACUGUAGAGAUGGCUCAAACAGUUACCAGCACCUGCUACUCUUGCAGAGGACACAGGUUCUAUUCCCAGCAUUCACAUGGCAACUCACAACCAUCCAUAAUUGUAGUUUCAGGGCAUCUGGCACCCUCUUCUGGCCUCUGUGAACACUCAGCAUAAAUAGAGUGCACAUGUGCAGGCAAAACACUUAUACACAUAAAGUAAAGAUAAUAAAAAGAAAAGGAAGCUGCAAUGAGUCCUGUUAGGUCAGAUGUCUGAUGUCCUCAGAAGGUUAAGGUGCAGCAGGAUGCAGAGAGAAGACCAUGGGAGUCUUCAAAUGGCCUUCUGCAAGUGAGACAGAUGGCUACCACGUGUCUUUCUACUAUGACCUCCAGAGGAAACUACCUGAGUUAUGCUGAUCUUUGAUUUCCAGCCUCCCAAUUGUAAGAAAUAAAUAACCACGUUUAAGCUA